AAACGAAUCAAAAUAAAAGAUAAUUUUCGCGAUUUUCUCAUGAAAAUUCUCAUUAACACGUGAAAAUGUUUUGCAAAAUAGGUUAAUUAGAAGCAAAAGUUACUCUUUCAAUUCAUUUUGCAUUGAUAAAUAAAAUAUUUAUGAAGAAAAAAAGUGUUUGAUGAUCAUUGUUUACAAAUUUCUAAUCAGAGUAAGGAAGGAAAAUGUUUUUACGCGUCGUGUAAAAAAAUCUACGUAAAAUAUCGAUCUAGAACGUUUUAUAAGAUCUCUUCUACGGAUUUUAUCAAUUUUACUUAAUUCUUAAAAACUCCCUAAUAAAUCAUGAAAAUGUUCCGGAAAUGUUCAAUUUCCACUCAAAGAGAUUAUUUUUAUGCAAAAAUGCAACGAUUUAAUAUGCCUAAUUAACUAAUUUUCUUUUCCUUGCAAAAAAACAUCAAUUUAAUUGCCGGCUAAAUAAAGUCAUAAUAAUAAAUAUUAUUUUGAAUUAUUCCCCCUCGAGGGAGAUAAGACGCGCGAAAGAGAGAAAGAAAAUCAGUGAGUGAGAAGGAGGUUGAAAAUAAAAAUCUUGCGAGGGAGCAAAGAGAGGAGAAGAUCAGUCGCGCGUUGUUACGGAAUCAACAACCGGGUGCGCCGUCUCGCCAAGCUUCAGUCGCCGUGCGCAUGGUCAGCCCACACUGACUUUGCAUCCCCGAAGCGUCUGUGUGAAGUGCAUCGUCGUAGUGACCCUUCCUCCGUGAGGCUGUGAGUGUGGCCUGUCCGACAGAUCAGCAGCAGCAGCAGCAUCAGUUCAAAUGGAUCCCAUGAAGGUGGAAGUGCCGGAGAUUGACAAAUUGUUUGCCAUCGAUGGUUACCUCAGGCCACAAGAGAGGGAAUUGCGAAGAAGGCAUGGCGUGAUCAAGGAUUGGCUAAAGAAGAUAGAUGGGAAUGAGGAUGGGGGUGUGGAUGGAUUUUCACAGGCCUACAAAUAUUAUGGGAUUCACAUUCAGCCCGAUAAUGCGGUGAUUGCCCGCGAAUGGGCCCCUGGGGCGCAACAACUCUACCUCACCGGUGAUUUCAAUGAUUGGCAGUGGGAAGCCACACCGUACACAAAGCUUGAAUUUGGGAAGUGGGAAUUGAAGAUCCCACCACGAGAGGAUGGUUCGUGCGCCAUUCGGCACCUUUCGGAGAUUAAAGUGAUCGUUCGCACGCAAGAGGGCACCCUCGUUGAUCGCCUGAGUCCUUGGGCAAAGUACGUCCUCCAACCACCGAAGGAGGCCAAUCAGGGUACGAACUUCAAGCAAUACCUUUGGCAUCCGCCGCCACAUGAGAAGUACAUGUUCCGCUAUGGACGCCCCCAGAAGCCCCAAUCGCUGCGCAUCUACGAAUGUCACGUUGGCAUUGCCACGGAGGAGCUUGGUGUGGGGAAGUAUCGGGAUUUUGGGGAUAAAAUCAUUCCGCGAAGUCAAGAGGGCUACAAUGCCAUUCAGGUGAUGGCAAUUAUGGAGCAUGCGUACUACGCUAGCUUUGGGUACCAAGUGACGAGCUUCUAUGCUGCUUCCAGUCGCUACGGGACACCUGAUGAGCUGAAAUACAUGAUUGAUAUGGCCCACAAGGCUGGUCUCUACGUCCUCCUUGACGUUGUGCAUUCCCACGCGAGUAAGAAUGUUGCCGAUGGGCUCAAUCGCUUUGACGGCACCAAUACGGGCUUCUUCCAUGAUGGCGCUCGCGGGGAGCACCCUCUGUGGGACAGUAGACUCUUCAACUACACCGAAUACGAAGUUUUGCGUUUCUUGGUGUCCGAUCUCCGGUGGUGGCAUGAUGAGUACAACUUCGAUGGGUACAGAUUUGACGGCGUUACGUCAAUGCUGUACCAUUCACGUGGUGUGGGGGAGGGUUUCAGUGGGGACUACAAUGAGUACUUUGGCCUGAAUGUGGAUACAGAUGCUCUCGUUUAUUUGGCCAUUGCCAAUGAGAUUCUCCACAAACUUGACAAGGAUAUCAUUACAAUUGCUGAGGAUGUAUCUGGGAUGCCAACAAUGUGUCGUCCUGUCUCCGAAGGUGGCAUUGGGUUUGACUAUCGCCUGGGUAUGGCCAUUCCUGACAAGUGGAUUGAGUAUCUGAAGGAGAAACGUGAUGACGACUGGAAUAUGGGUAACAUCGUUCAUACCCUAACUAAUCGACGAUGGAUGGAGAAAACUGUUGCUUAUGCUGAAUCUCACGAUCAGGCACUCGUUGGGGAUAAAACUUUGGCUUUCUGGCUGAUGGAUAAGGAGAUGUAUACGCACAUGUCGACCCUUUCGGAGCCUUCGUUGAUCAUUGAUCGUGGCAUUGCUCUGCACAAAAUGAUCCGUUUGAUCACGCACUCCCUCGGCGGGGAGGCGUAUUUGAAUUUUAUGGGAAAUGAAUUUGGUCAUCCGGAAUGGUUGGACUUCCCGCGUGUUGGCAACAAUGAUUCCUACCACUAUGCACGACGUCAGUGGCAUCUGGUUGAUGAUGAAAUACUCAAGUACAAGUAUCUCAAUGAAUUCGAUCGUGCCAUGAAUGGGUUGGAGAUGAAGUACGGCUGGUUGGCGUGUGAUCCGGCCUACGUGAGUUGCAAGCAUGAGGAUGACAAGGUGAUUGUCUUCGAGAGAGCUGGUCUUCUGUUUGCCUUCAAUUUCCAUCCAUCGAAGAGUUUUACGGACUACAGGUUGGGCGUUGAAGUUGGUGGCUUGUACAGGAUUGUCCUGAGUACGGAUGAUCCCCUCUUUGGUGGUAUGAAUCGUGUUGAUGUGAAAUGUGAUCAUCUCUCAACGCCCGAAGGUUAUGCUGGAAGACGAAAUUUCAUUCAAGCCUACCUUCCAGCACGAACUGCCUUCGUAUUCGCCAAGUUUGAUUAGAAGAGAUCUUUACUUUGCUGCUGGCUUUCCAGGGCAGAACCACUGAAAAAAGCAUCACGCCCUGCCAUAAUAUGCUUCCAUACGGGAAUAAAUCUCGUUAAUUUUUGAAAAAAAAAA